AUGUCGUCCACCAGCAACGCCUCCAUUGACAAGUUCAACGGAGACAAUUACGCAACGUGGAGCCGGUACAUGCGCGGUGUGUUUUUGACGAAGUCCGUCUGGCACGUUGUCAACCGUAAAGUGACUCCGACUUUCACCAACCCGCGAGCGUCCGAUGACUACGUCAAGGCAAGCAACGUCGCGUUUGGUAUGAUGCUGCUGCACAUGAACGCGGACUACCAUCAUGUGCUGGACAACUGCGAGGAAGCCUGGGUUGCGUGGACAAGUCUGAAGACGCUGUACGGUGGGUCGCAGAAGGCAGGACGCAUCUACCUCAAGCGACAACUUUUCAGUAUCAAGAUGGCUGAAGGCGCGAACGUCAUGCAUCACUGCAACGAGGUCCUCAACAUCUCCGCCAAGCUUAGCGGCAUCGGUGCGAAGAUGGAAGACGAAGACGUUGCAAUUUGUCUGCUACUCAGUCUUCCGAAGAGCUACGAAAAUGUGGUGCUCAACAUGGAAAUGAGCAGCACCGAGCUUCGCACUCAAGAUGUGGUGAGAGUCCUGACGAAUGAGCAUGCCAAGCGUCAAGGAGAAAAAGGGACAACGACAGCGACUACGGUGAAGGCUGAAGAUGCAAGCAAGGCAUUCAGCGCCGAGCGUGAGCCCUACCAAUGCACGUAUUCUGGCAAGGUGGGACACACGGUGGAUCGUUGCUGGACAAAGCAGAAGAACGAAGGUCGGGGAGCCCGACGCGGCGGCAAUGGUCGUGGACGCGGGGCUAACAAUGUCCAGUGGGGACAUCAUGAUGAAGGCAAUGGCUACGAUCGAGUGGCGUUUGCAGUCUCGUUCGAAUGUGGAGUUUCGACGAGCAAGGACGUGUCUGGAAUGUGGGCCGUCGACAGUGGUGCAACGCACCACAUUUGCCACGACAAGACCAAGUUCGCAAGUUUGGCAGAGCGCAAUGAGGGCGAACUCUUGGUGGCUGAUGGCAACAAGGUGGCCAUCAAGGGUGUGGGAACCAUCAUGGAAAAGGUGGUUCUGCCCAACGGUGAAGAGCGUGAGAUCGAAAUCAAGAACGCGCUAUAUGUUCCAAGUAUGAGCAAGAACCUGCUCUCGGUGCCACAGAUUAACAGCCAUGGCAAGUUUCAAGUCGUGUUUGACGGGUCCAAGAUGUAUGUGACUCUCAAGAACUCACAGCAAGUGGUGGCGACAGCGGAUCUCGUGGAUGGACUCUACUGGCUUCGGACGACUCAACGAUCAGCGAACGUGACAACAAGUAGAACCAGUUGUGCCGAUCUACAUGCGAGAAUGGGUCAUGCUCCAGUCGAUGUACUUCGCAAGAUGAUCGCGACCAACAUGAUCAAGGAUGUGCGAGUCCCUCUCAAGUCGGGUGGAGCAACUACAUGUCGAGGAUGUCAACAAGGGAAAAUGGUCCAAAAACCAUUUCCAAGCAACCGAGACAAGCGCAGCUACGAUACGUUUGAGCUACUUCAUCUGGACAUCUGCGGGCCCAUGGAAAAGGAUUCGCUCGGUGGCAGCAAAUAUUUGCUGCUGAUCAUCGACGAAGCCAGUGGAUGCAUGAAGGGCUUUUGUCUACGAGUGAAGUCCGAGAGUGAAGACUACAUCCGGAAAUAUAUCACCAUGGUACAGACGCAAUUCUGUAAGAAGGUCAAGUUCGUGCGACACGACGGAGCUCGCGAGUUUGCAACCAACUCGCUUCAACUGUUCUACGAAGACGAAGGCAUUGAACAGCAGACAACGCAUGCUUCAUAUGCCAAACUGGACAAGUGUUUCUGGGCCGAAGCAGCGAUGACGGCCAUCUAUGUCAAGAAUCGACUGCCGUCACCUAAAGUCGUGCACAAGACCCCGUUUGAGAUCGUCUACAACUUGAAACCAAGCGUCAAGCACAUGCGAACAUUCGGGUGUCAAACAUACAUACUGACGCCUAAAGAGAAUCGACUCAAGUGGGAUCCGAAGGCUCGCGCUGGCAUAUUCGUGGGCUACGAAGAAGUUUCGAAGGCAUAUCGUGUUUAUGACAUCGAGGCGGGGCAGGUGGUUAUCAGCCGCGAUGUCAACUUCGACGAGUCCACCUUUGGACUUCAACUGCCGAUCACUGAUGAAGAUGUCGAUGACCUGGACUUCGAAUUGCUGGAUCUUGAUGACGAAGAGCUGCGUCAAAUGGAGUACAAGCAAACAGGCAAGCGCAAGAACCGACUCAAUGAUGAAGAUACAGCAGCUCCACUACCGCGUGCAGUGCGUCAACGACCAGGACUAGAAGAGUCAAGCGCGCCGGAAAACAACUCGUCACGACAAGAAGAAGACGAAGAAACGAAGGAUUCUGGUGAUUCAACACCGCCUGUGUUUUGGCGUGCGAGUGCAAAUGCCGUUGAAGCAGCAGUGGACUUAUCAGAGCCCUCAACAUUUGAAGCAGCAGUAAGCGGCCCUGACCAAGUGCACUGGAGAAAAGCAAUUCAUGCAGAGCUCGAGUCAAUGCGACUUCGCGGUGUGUUUCGUGCAGCCAAGCUGCCCAACGGACAACGCGCCAUUGGCACAAAAUGGGUGUUCAAGAUCAAGCGCAAGGCGGAUGGGUCAAUCGAGAAGUACAAGGCACGACUUGUGGCCAAGGGUUUCCGCCAAAAGUAUGGCAUCGACUACACGGAGACGUUUUCGCCUGUGGUCAAGUAUGUGACGCUGCGAAUGGUGAUCGCAAUUUCCAAGCAUUUUGGAUGGCCCAUCGACCAGCUUGAUGUGGUGACAGCUUUCCUGUAUGGCGUCAUGAAGGAACAAGUGUUCUGCGUGAUUCCUGAAGGCGUCGAACUUGACAGUACGUUCGACUGCCUGGAAUUGGUGAAGUCAAUUUACGGCCUCAAGCAAGCGUCGCGAGUGUGGAACGAGACGUUCGACGAGUAUGUGUGCUCCAUCGGAUUUCAAGUAUCGGACUUCGACCCAUGUCUCUACAUCAAGACUUCGGACGGCCAUUGCGUGUUUAUACUGGUAUACGUGGACGACGUCUUGGUGACUGGAAGCUCGCUCGAGCUGAUUGCACAAACCAAGAACGACCUGAAGACGCGGUUCGAAAUGACGGACAGCGGCAAGUGUGCGUUUGUUCUUGGGAUCGAGCUUUUGGACGGUGAAGAUGGCAGUGUGACACUAUGUCAGCGUCGGUAUGUCGAUGAUAUCCUCAAGCGCUUUGGCAUGGAUGAUUGCAAGGCAGUCGCAAGUCCAGUCGACAUGAGCUCUCGACUUGUUUCAAGUGAUGCAACUACCAAGGUCGAUGCUCCUUUUCGCGAAGCUGUUGGUGCGUUGAUGCACCUGACCACUGCAACGCGUCCGGACAUUGCGUUUGCUGUGGGCUAUGUGUCGCGGUUCAUGGAAAAUCCCCAAGAAGAACACUGGGUUGCAGUUAAGCGUAUCUUUCGCUACCUACAAGGCACCAAGACGCAUGGAAUUUGCUACAAGCCAAGUGCAAGGAUCGACUUCCGUGGAUAUUCGGAUGCGGAUUGGGCUGGUGAUCUUACCGACCGCAAGUCAACAUCGGGGUACACGUUCAUGCUACUCGGUGCGCCAGUCAGUUGGGGCAGCAAGAAGCAGCCAAGUGUUUCGUUGUCCACGAGUGAAGCCGAAUACAUCGCACUCAGCUUGGCGAUUCAAGAGGGAAAGUGGAUUCAUCGUCUGCUUUGUGAGAUCGUGAUGGCUGCCAAUGAAGAAGGACCGGAACUCAUGAUCCAUGAAGACAAUCAGUCGUGUAUCAAGAUGACGAAGAACCCAGUCAACCACGGCCGUGCCAAGCACAUUGAUAUCAAGUACCAUCACAUCCGUGAUGAGGUCAAGCGCGGUGAAGUGAAGCUCAAGUACUGUGAAACUGCGGUGAUGUUAGCGGACAUCAUGACGAAGGGACUUCACGGGCCACGCCACAAGGAGAUGACGGCGACUCUCGGGAUUCGUGAGCAUUCGGAUUGA